AUGUCGAAAGUAAAGAACUUAUUGGCCAAAAUGCUGCAGCGAUUUGGCAAAAACAGCUCACAUGCCGACAGUCAGCGGUACGAUAGCCUGGAGGAGAUUGCCCAGAACCAGGCGAACGAGAGGAUGUUAAGGGCAACUCAAGUGGGAUUAGAGGAGCACCUCGUCAUCUGCUUGGAGACGGAAGCGGGCAGCUUCUACUGGCACUCACAGUAG